ACUACAGCUGCAGUCUCCUGACUGCAGGAACGCAGGAACAAACCUGUAAACAUGGCCGCCCUCAUGCACAGAGUUUUAAAGCUUUCGUGCAUUCGAGUAGACAAAUCUCUGAGUUUAUGGAAAGAAUGUUGUCCAUUACAUUCCUUAACUACCAGGCUCAUUUCCUCCGACAAAAGUGGUUCUGGUACUCCUAGCGAAAUUGUUGCAGAAAGCAGUUCCUCGGCUGAAGGUGGCCCUAACCAAGCUGUAGUAGUUGAAAACACACUUCCUCAAAUGAAAAGAGCCAACGAAACCCACCGUAAUGUAUUAAAAUAUCCCACCUUAAUCAAGUCAGAUGCUGGCACUUCAGAAGUAAGCUUCGCCACACUGUUCAGGGAGUCGAACUUCGCUCAUCUAGGUGAUCCACGAGGGAAAACUGUCAUCGGAAGGAUAUACAGAGUUGUAGGUGAUGACUUAUACAUAGACUUUGAUUGGAAGUUUCCUUGUGUUGUUAAGAGGCCAAGCCAGGAUGCACACCUUUAUGUAAACAACGCAGAGGUCCGUCUUAGAAUCAUGGACUUGGAAAUGUCAACUAUAUUUCUAGGAGCGGAGAAAGAGACAUCUUUGAAUGAAGCCAACUGUUUCCUUGUAGAACUCAUUAAUUCUCCCCUAGGUGUUCCAAAGCCUAGAGAAGAUACUUUCUCAUAUAUUUAGUUCUUAUUAUAUUUUGCUUAAACUUUGCAUGUCCUGGCACAGGCAGCAUGUUAUGUCUAUCUGUUGAAGGGAUGUUUGAAGGGAUGUUAAUAAAUCAUAUUCACUGUUUCUAUACACAUAAAUCUUGUAUUUGUCAUUUCUAAAAUAUGUUAUUGAAAAUUUGCAUUGAACUUGUAACAUAGGCAACUAUGUACCACACACACUUUGAAUUGUCCACUGCUGCAAUCCUAAAACGGGUAGGGAAGACAAAGUUACAAAUGCAUGUCAACACCAGAGUGUAAUGGUGAAACCUGGUAGGCCCAGUCUUCAAUGCUAAAAUAUAUACAUUUUUUUUUUUAACAUUUUUUGGUGUACAAAGUACACUCAAAAUUAAGCACUAUCAUCAUCAGUCCCUUAUUACCUUGUAAGAUUAAACUCAUCCAUCUCAAAAAAUACUGAAGUAGUGUAGGUUCUGUACGAGUGUUCUUGAAAACCAUAUGCAAAGCUAAAAAUGUAAUGAAUUGACACUUUUAUAGCUGACAUGUAUCCAAAUAUCUUUUCAAGCUACACUAGGAAGGCUCUUAAACCAUAUGUUCGACAAAGUCAUCACAAAAAAGGAAAACAAAAUAUUCAAGACGGAUUGAAGAGAAAUUGCCCACUAUUGUAUAUAACCACAGAACCACAGUUCUCAAAGAAUGACUAGAGUUAUAAGGAUAGAUCCAGCACAAGACAGUUCUGUACAUGUGACAAGCUGUGGUGCUAUGUGCAGGUACCAAUGAACGAGAAAAAGAGAUUUGACAUAGUAACCACUAAAGACUUUGCAAUGCAGAUCUAUGAAAAUAUUAAAUAUCCUCACAAUUUUAUAACUGUUACAGACUUCAUAAAAUAAAAUUUCAGUAUCUUUGAUCCAUGCCACUUUUCUCUCUACAUUACUGCUAAAGUUAUGGUUCAUUUUAAAAUGUUUUUCUAGUUAAAAUAAAAUUAAAAAAAAAAAAAAAAA